AUGUUCGCUCGCCAGCUUGCUUCCCGCGCAGUCCCCGCCGUCCGCGGCCAGUCGCGCGUUGCCGCCAUCCGCGCCUUCUCGGCCACCGCCAACGCCCGCAUCGAGUACCCCACCGUCGAGAAGGGCCAGUCGCUCUGGAACUUUACCGACGAGGAGAACAUGCUCCGCGACACUGUCCGCAAGUUUGCCGUCGACAACAUUGAGCCCAUUGUCCGCCAGAUGGACGAGGCCGAGAUCAUGGACCCCGCCCUCAUCCAGGGCCUGUUCGACAACGGUCUCAUGGGUAUCGAGGUGCCCGAGGAGUACGGUGGUGCUGGCAUGUCGUUCACCUCUGCCAUCAUUGCCAUUGAGGAGAUUGCCCGUGUCGACCCCUCGGUCGCUGUCCUUGUCGACGUGCACAACACCCUCGUCAACACCGUGUUCCGUCACCACGCCUCGGACGCCAUCAAGGAGAAGUGGCUCACCGGCCUCGCUACCGAGAAGGUCGGCUCGUUCUGUCUUACCGAGCCCGCUGCCGGUUCGGACGCCUUUGGCCUCCAGACCACUGCCAAGCUCGACUCGUCGGGCGACUUCUACGUCCUCAACGGCACCAAGAUGUGGAUCUCCAACUCGGGUGAGGCCGACACCUUCCUCGUCUUUGCCAACGUCGACCCCUCCAAGGGCUACAAGGGUAUCACCGCCUUUGUCAUCUCCAAGGACAUGGGUGUCGAGAUCAUGAAGAAGGAGGAGAAGCUCGGUAUCCGCGCCUCGUCCACCUGUGUCCUCAACUUUGACGGCAUCAAGAUCCCCAAGGAGAACGUCGUCGGCGAGGUCGGCAAGGGCUACAAGAUUGCCAUUGAGAUCCUCAACGAGGGCCGUAUCGGUAUCGCCGCCCAGAUGAUCGGUCUGGCCCAGGGCGCCUUUGAGAAGGCCGUCCCUUACACCUACCAGCGCAAGCAGUUUGGCAAGGCCGUUGGCGACUUCCAGGGCCUCAACUUCCAGUUUGCCGACAUUGCCACCCAGAUCGAGGCCGCAAAGCUCAUGACCUACAACGCCGCCCGUCUCCAGGAGGAGAAGCGCCCCUUCACCAAGGAGGCCGCCAUGGCCAAGUACUACGCCUCGGUCGUCGCCCAGCGCGCCGCCGGUGCCGCCAUCGAGUGGUGCGGCGGUGUCGGCUUCACCCGCGACACUGGUAUUGAGAAGUACUGGCGUGACUCGAAGAUUGGCGCCAUCUACGAGGGCACCUCGAACAUCCAGCUCGAGACCAUUGCCAAGUUUAUCAAGAAGGAGUACGCCUAA